AUGGCAAGGUUUACGAGGCAAAUAUCAGCCAUGGAGGUUAGAGACACACAGAAAAAACGAGUUCGAUACUCUUCAAAGCACAUUAAACACUUGCCAUCUUGCACAUUUACUGAGUUUGAUUUGAGAGAUUAUUGUCCAUCGGAAUUCAGACUUAUAAAAGAACUUGAAGAUAUUGAUCAUGAUGAUUACAUGCAUUCCAUUUGCAAUGAUGAGACUCUAAACAAACUCUCUUCUGGGAAAAUAGGCAAUGUGUUUCAUGUGUCCAAUGAUGACCGUUUCCUCAUCAAGAUUCUUAGAAAAUCAGAGAUUAAGGUGAUAUUAGAGAUGCUUCCAGGCUACUACCGACAUAUUCAUAAUCACAGAUCAUCACUAUUCUCAAGGAUCUAUGGUGCUCAUGCUGUCAAGCCUAUUGGAGGUGUUAAGACAUAUUUUGCUGUCAUGUCAAACAGGCUGCAUUCUAAGGUUUCUAUGAACAAGCUCUAUGAUCUAAAAGGUUCUCCUAAAGGUCGAACCAAUAAGAAAAUUGAACUGAGAAACAACACUGUGUUGAAGGAUAUAGAUCUUGAUUUCUGUUUCUACGUCGAUCCAUUGGCUAGACAACGCAUCAUCAAGCAAACUAAGCUAGACUGUGAGCUAUUGGAAGAACAGGGUAUAAUGGAUUACAGCUUAUUGGUUGGUUUACAAGUAAAAGAGUUAUCAUCUCAAGGUUCAGUUAAUGGAGUAAACCCGGUUUACGGUAGCUUCACACCUCCAUGCUCAUUGAAAAGUGAUAGCGUAAAGUCAACGAAGACAGCUCUAAAUUCUCCAGAUAGCUCAUCUACAACAUUGUACUCAUGCCCUCCCAAUAGAGAUUCAGUGGGAAGUGAAAACUCCAUGACAAGCAAUAACACAAGCUCAGAAACUAAUCUGAUAAACAGACAAAGCAAAUUAGCAACACUAAGUGACAUCUUUGUCAACAGCUCGAGUACUAACUUUGGGAUGAAGAUUCCGGCGAGAGCGCGGCGAGUGAAGAGAGCGGCGGGAGAAGAGGAGGAAUGGUACGAUGUGGUUUUGUAUUUAGGGAUCGUGGACACAUUUCAAGACUACGGUAUUAAGAAACGCAUUGAACAUUGUUACAAAACCAUCCAACAUAACUCAAACUCAAUCUCGACCGUCCAUCCUAAGAUCUACUCUUCUCGAUUCCAAGAAUUCGUCUCCAACAUCUUCUUAUCUCAUGACGACGGUGACCUCUCUCGCUGAUAUCUGUUGUUUGGUAUAGUGAUAAGAUCAGUUUAACUUCCAAGUCGAAUCAUUAUUAGAAUGUUUAAGAACCCUCAUCUUAGGACCCAAGUCAGGUGUCUGGUGGUCCAAA